GACUCAAAGAAGGGAGGAGGAGAGAAGACCGAAAGCAACCCCAACAGAGAGCUCGGUUUGCAUGCAACCUUCUCCAACCCUUUCGACUUCCAUAGGAGCUUGAAACAAGGUAGCUCUCACCUUUCUCUAUCAACCCUUGCUGUUUUGAAACUCUUCACUAGCUCAAUGGCAUUUUUCCUAACCUCUCUGAACCACCGAACCGCCUAGUUUAAGGAGGUGUUGUAGCUGAGAAAGUGAGCUUAGGAGCAAGACAUAUCAAUUUUCGACAUCACCAAUUUCUCUGGAAUCAAAGAGCUAAAGGAAGACAAGAACAUCAGUACUUUGCUACCAACAUUUGGAACAAGGAAAGAGUAUGUUUUAUUCUCAUACAUUUUUGGGACGAAAAGGCCCGCUGGCAACAGUGUGGAUUGCUGCUCAUCUCCAACACAGGCUAAAGAAGUCACAUUAUACGUCAACCAAUAUUCCAUCCACCAUUGAACACAUCAUGGAUCCAGGGGCUCCUGUUGCACUAAGAUUGUCGGGCCACCUUCUCUUGGGCAUUGUUCGGAUAUAUUCAAAGAAAGUUGAUUACCUUGUCCAUGACUGCAGUGUUGUUUUGACUAGUUUGAACAAAGCAUUUGCUUCUAUACAACUUAAUUUGCCAGAGGAUGCAAGGAAGGCACCAGUUCAAUCUAUCACCCUACCUGAGACAUUUGAUCUUGAUGCCGUGAACUUGGAUGAUGAACCAGAUCAUAACAGGAUUGAGGAUAAGCACCAGAAGAAUCAAGAAGAUAUCACAAUACCAGAUCAAAUGGUAAUGGAGCAGUUUAUAGUUGUAUCUUUUGAUGAGGAUAUAAGAAUGGAUUCCUCUAACACAGAAGUGCUUCCAGAUUCAGGGGUUGGACAAAUGGAGGAGGACAUUAUCCUCCAGUCUCCAUUGAAAAAUGCUGGUUUCCAAGAUGGUGGUCCAAGUAUCCAGAGAGAAUCACCUACUACCCCACAUAGUGCUGGUGACCGCCCUCAUAAUGUUCAGGAUCCUGAGGUUACCCGUGAUGUGGGUCCUGGUGAUACCACUUCUCCACAAGCAGCCCAACCUACGCCGGAGAUUCUUCGUGAUGCCAACGAUGCUCGUAAUGUAGAAAACCCUCUAGUAUAUCCAAAUCCCGAGGAUAAAGAUACUGUACCAAGUGGAGAUCUUGAUGAAACUAUGAAGGAAAAGGAUCAUAUUCCUGAAAUGAUGGAUGUGGACCCUGAAGGGAUUCCUGCACCAUCUGAGCAACAUCUUGGACCACAAACUCCGGUUACUUCUCAUGGGGAUGCUUCAGAUGCCCAAGUUUUCGUAGGACAUAGUUCCCCUCUGGUGCUUCGUGAAAGUCCACCAAUUCAGCAGCAUCCAAAGAGAGGAAGGAAGAGAAAACAGUUCUUUGAUGAUCCCAUAGUCUUGACUAAUAGAUUCAUGAGGGGAGCACUUAAUAAUCCCCAAGAUAUACUUAAAAAAAGAAGGGAAGCGCCUUCCUCUGCCUUGGGUACAUGGAAACUGAACAAUAUCCAAAGAAAGGAACAAAUGUUUGAUCAGCCAUUAUUAACUGGAAUUUGUAAGGAUCAUAUAGACAUAUCCAAAAGGGAAUAUAUAUGUUCAAAACCCCAUUUGGUCAUCUCUGAGGAAGAUCAUGAGGAUGUUGGUAUUGCCAGGACUUCAUCCCCAACUAAUCAAAUCCCGGAGGAGCCUAGACCUGUUACACCUGUUGCUGUAUCCAUUGCUUCACCUGUACUGGAUAGGGAAAUUGAACAUAUACGCCUUAAUGUUGCUGCUUCUCCACCUCAUAUGGUCCCUUCUCACGAUGUGGGUGUUGAAAUCAAUAUUGAAGGUGAAGGUGAAGGUUCGGGCAAUGUUGGAAGAGAUGACAUGAGUUCUAUUUCUGCUCAGAAUUUAAGGUCUGUGUCAGUUUCCCCGGAGAGAACAAAUAUUGCAACUGGGUCAAUGGAUACACCAGAUUUAGCAACAUCACCUGCAGUUCCUGGAUCAAUGAUGGAAACACCCACGACAUAUGUUGGUGAAUCAUCUCGAAACCUUGGUCUUUCAGAUAUUCAUCAGUUGAUCAAUUCUGCGGCAACAGAAGAACUCUCUUUUCUGGAAAUGGACAACAACUCACCAGCCAGUUUGCAAAGUACAAGUGAAGGUCUCAAUAUGUCUACGAGGACUAGGGCUGUAGCUGAAUUUUUCAAAAGUCGAAUUGCCCCAAUUUUGGAGGACCCUGCUGAAGAUCUCAGCUUGAAUAAGAUCUUGGAAGGGAAAACUAGAAGGAUCUCUGCUUGCAUGUUCUAUAGCAUAUUGGUUUUGAAGAGUUAUGGACAUAUUGACGUACAUCAAGAACAGCCUUAUGGUGAUAUCAGCUUGAAUUUGACCCCUUCCUUGAAUUGUCAAUUUUGAUAGUUUUGUUAAGUUGCUUGUAAUACUUCAGGGCGCUGAUGUAAAUAGAUGGGUCUCGAGACAAGAAAAGUGUUGGAUUCUGGUAAACAUGGACACACACUAACAAGCACAUAGAGAAAUGGUUUUGUCACUUAGUUUUGUAUGUAGAGUACUUGCGUACUCUAAUCAAGC